AAAGCUAGGUUCAUGUCUGAGCUCGAUAUCCAAGUCCCUACCACCUUUGAUCCGUUUGCUGAUGCAAAUGCUCAGAACUCAGGCGCUGGUGCGAAGGAGUAUGUGCAUAUCCGCGUUCAGCAGAGAAAUGGAAGGAAAAGUCUGACUACCGUUCAAGGCCUAAAGAAAGAAUUCAGCUACAACAAGAUUCUCAAGGACCUCAAGAAGGAGUUCUGCUGCAAUGGUACCGUUGUGCAAGAUCCAGAACUCGGACAGGUUAUCCAACUUCAGGGCGAUCAGCGGAAGAAUGUGUCAACCUUUCUCAUACAGGCUGGCAUUGUGAAGAAGGAUAACAUCAAGAUUCAUGGUUUCUAA